AGAUUGACGCAUGAUAGACUGACAGUUAUAGUUUGUCCCCUUUAUACAUUAUUAAAAUAUUCUGAUACAUCGCUAGAAGUUAACCAAAAAGGUGAUUUUUAUCUGUUUUGGAAAUAAAAUUUUCAAUCGGAAUUGUGCGCACAAUACUGAAAAGUUUUCGAUAAACUAAAAAGUUAAUAAUUACAUCCGUAAUGUGAGUUAUGAUAUCAAACAAUUCAGGGUACAAACUCAGAGCCUCAAAAAGCUCUAGAGAGGUUCAUGAUUAUGAUUACGGUAAUUCAGAAGAUAAUUACGAUAAUAUAGACGAAGAUGUAAAAGGAACAUCGUAUUUAAAAGAUGCUAGAACUAAUAAAGGCGGGACAGGUAGGACUAGGUCCACUGAAUUUAGGUCUAGCAAAGUUAAUGACCGUAGGGGAAGCUCUAGAAGUAGAGGAUCAGGUCUGCAAGGAAGAAAAGGAGAUAGAGAUUAUUCUGAUAACUUUUAUAAUCUGAGAAAAUAUGAAUCUAGAAAUUCGGAAGCAUUAGGGAGUAGAGGAAAGUUUUAUGAACCUGAAAAGAAAACUGAGAUCAAAUUGAAUCUUCCAGAGGACACGAGAAUAUCAAAACUUCUGAGAAGAUUAAAUAUUGAAACUGAUCAAGACAACUCAUUGGCUAUUUCUAAAAAAUUACUUGAAGUUUUAUUAUUACCUGAUAAUGCUAAUUAUGUUAGGAAGGCUUUCCAUAUACUUGGUGAAUCAAUGUUUGAAAUUUUACAUGUCUCUCCCGGUCCUAUGGCAAAAAGACAAGCUGCCAGAGCCUUGGGUCGGAUGGGUUACAUUAUGGGUCAAGAAAAUGAUUUUGAAAGAUAUCAGCACUGGCUAUUCAAUAAACUAACCAAUAGUACAGAAGAAAUGCAGAUUCUACUUAUGAAAAGUCUUCACGAGACUUUGAGUUUUGAGGAAAAGAAACCAGUUUUGCAGAGUCACGUUGAAAAUUUAAUCAACAAUUUAGUUGCUACCAUUGAAACAACAGAAAAUGCCGAAGUUUUUAAAUCUAUUCUGGAUGUGUUAGUGACAGUAGUAGAAAUGUACCAAAGUGAAUUUUAUGAUCAAUUCAGAGAUACCAUAGAUUUGUUAUUUGGAUGGCAUGUAGAUCAUACACAGCCUUUAAGUAACAUUGAAUUUAUUUCCAAAAGCCUACAGAGAAUAUCACACCAUUUCAAAUACUAUUUAGAAUUUUCCAUCCAAUUAAUAGAGAACUUUUUAGAAGAUAUUGGUAAUUACUCUACACAACUUAAAGAAACUGGAGAUAUGGGUACAGUUGAUCAUGUAACUGUAUUGAUAUUAGCCAUGAAUACUGUUUUGAAAUGUCUAGGACCAUCAUUCCAUCCUCUAACUAACAAAACUGUAACAAUUGAAUUUAUAAAUUCAUCCCUAAUAAGAAUAAUAAAAACAGUACAUGAUACUUUGGAGACUUAUGUACCAGACAAUUUAACAAUAGCCGGUAAUGAUUGUAUAGGUUUAUUACUUGGGUAUCUCGAAAACAAAUCGCAGUUUCUUUGUACACAAAUUUAUGCGUUAAUUGAUCUAGAAAUUUCAAUGUUAUCAGAUUUAUCGGAUGCAACAAUAAUAUCACUACUUGUUUUAAUAUCAAAAGUAGUUAAGGAACUAUCAGCCAAUUUACCCAUAGAAAUCAUAGAUAAAUUAAUUGGGCCCAAAUCCGAGAUAAUAAAAUUACGAUAUUCUCCUUUUAAAAAUAUACAAGAAGCUGUUAUUUGUGUAUAUCAAGCACUUCUUAAUUUAAAAAACGUUUCGUUAUUACAAGAAGCUUACCGAUACGUCAUAGGCGAUCUGGAAAUGGUUUAUAAACAAAUAGUACCAACAAUUGUGGAAACUUUCACUCAAAACAAUCCAUUUAAAGAUUAUGAUGCAAUAAAGGAUCCCGAAGAAACUACUCUGUUUCUAUUGAGGUGUUUGUCACAACUGGCCAAUGCCAGCUCUAUUAUAGUUAUGUGGGCAUUGAAACCUAGUAUUCUUGAACUUGUCGGAGUCACUAUGGUACCAUACGAUAAGAAUUUAUCUAAGAAAGCACCGGCUCUACAAUAUAGUAUGUUGUAUCUGCUAUUUUCUCACUGCAAAUGCUACAAUCACUUUAUAUCGAACAGUACACUUGUUAACAAAACCCAAGAGGUUCCAAAUAUAAUGAAUAGAUUCGCAUUAACAGAAGGUUUAAAUAUAAACGAUGUUCCAAAUAAAUCCCCAAAUUCUGGUAAUUUCGCAACGAUUUUGGACAUAAUUCACAAUUCUCUCACUGCUGAGACAUCCAACGAGAUACUUUUACUUCUCUUACAGUGGUUGAAUGACGUGCUCAUAAAUUCUGAAAUCUAUUUAGAAAACUUGUACGUAAAUGAGAAAUUUUUAAAGGUGGUUGAUGCACUGGUCCGUUGCGGUUACUGUUUCAAUGAUAGCGUCGUACUUAUAGUAUACGAUAAUUUAAAUAAGCUGCUAUCCAAUAAACAGUUAUCGUGGUCUUACAACUUUUUAACAAACAUCAGCGAUUUGUGUAAAUUACACAUAAAUUCCAAUAAACCGGAAAUCCGUAAAUGUUAUACGAAAUUAUCUUCGAACAUACCUUGGGAUAUAGCAGUCGUAGAAUUGAACAAAAUGAAUUCUAUACAUUCCAUGAAGCAGAAGAGCACUUAUCUAAAAGAAUACAACAAUCAUACGGUGUAUUUGGCCCAACAUUUACAUUUGAAUGGAACAGUCGAUGGGGAAAUGUACCCCUUGCAUUUCAAGACUUUAAUGAAUUAUUUACUCAGCAAAGAAAACCUUCCAUCUGAUUGGGCGAAGGAAAUAUUUAAUAGUUGUUGGGCCAUUGAAUCGGAUUCACAAAUGAACAUGGAACUCUUUUAUGAACUUAUCACGAACAAUAGGCAGGUUUUGAAUAGUUGGAUCACGUUGGAAGCCGCCGAAUUUUGUGUUAAUUAUAAAUUGAGAACGCCCUUAGGAAAACCCAACGAAACUUUCACAAAAAUCGAAAGCGCUUUGAACAAUUUGGGAAACGAUUUGAUCACUUCAAAAAAACCAAUGGAAAAAAAACCGGAAAUUUCUGCGAACAUCGACGGAAAUAGAGUGAGGAUGUUACUUAAAUUCGUGGAAAAUUUGGAAAAGGCAAUUUACAACGCUUCCGAAGGUUGCGCGAUGGCAAUGCCGCCGGCAACGAAAGUGGUCAGAUCUUUUUUCAUCGCCAAUACAAAUACGUGCCACGAAUGGUUUUGCCGCAUCAGAAUCGUUCUAAUGCACAUAGCUCUACACUGUGGCGAAAUUAACAUAGCCCUGAGGAACGGACUUUGUUUCCUUAAAGACUACGUAAAUUCCAACAGGACUAAUACCUUGGAAUUCGAAAGAGUAGCUAUGAUAGUUACUUUAGCCAUGUUACAUCUCAAAGAACCGGAGGCCCUCUACGGUUUAUACAGUUGGUGUAAAACGGUAGUCGGUAAAAGAUAUUCGUGGAUGAAAUGCGCCGCCGAACAAUGUUCGAAAAAAUACGAAACCGCAGUCGAAGGUUACAAAAAAAUUUUACAAGAAAAAACCGACGAAAACAACAAACUCGAUAGCGACAUACACAAUUUUAUAAUCGAUCAAAUAAUCGUUUGUUACAAAGAGAUGAGCAACUGGAUCGAUUUAUUCGAAUGGCAUACGAAGCAAGACAACGUCGAAAACGGACGAAAAUAUUGGUUCAACGUCACCGAUUGGGAAACGAAUCGAAUACUAUUCGAUGCCGAAUCGAAAAAUUUAGCGUUCGAAGAUUUGUCCACGUGGAAUAUCAACAACAAAGAUUCUUGGAGUAUAUACGAAAAUAUAUGUAUGACGGAAAGUAAUUUGUAUAACGUGGCCGUUAAAUUAGCAGUAAGAAACGACGAAAAAAAUUUCAUCCAAGAAAUCGACAAGAUAAUGAUGAAAAUACAAAAUAACAUCGAAGAUCAUUUACAUUUAGCCCCGUCGGAAUUUUUACAAAACUUUUCUCUAUUACAUUACGUCGUAAACGGUUUAAAACAUAUAGCCGAAGGUAAUUUGGCGCACACCGUAUUUUUAGUAUCGGAAUCAUUCGAAAACGAAAUACAAAAAAUCGAUUCGAGCGUAUUAAGAAAAAUACUUUGGUGGUCAGAAUAUUUCGGUAAAGUUCAAAAUCAAGGUUUCAACGUAUUCUGUAGUAAUUUACGAUUAGACAUAAUAAAAAGAUCGAGGAAGGAAAAAAAUUUCAACAUGGCUAUUAAUCAAAUAAACAAAUUUUUCAGAGACAAAGAUUUAGUAGUACUACCCGACGAAAUGAACGUUAAAAAUAUAACAAACACUUUUAUACAUAGAAUAAGCGAAAUAAACGUUUGGACUGUAGACGUAGCCAGGGCCGUAUUCGAAGUAAUCAAAUUAUCGUAUUCGUUCGAACAAAACCAUCAACAAACUUUCAAUUUAUGCGCCGCCUCGUCCACCGCCAUAUCCAAAUACGCCGAAUUAUUCGGCGUUAACGAAUUGAGAAAAUUAAGCAGCAAAAUAUUAUUGAAAUUAUCCAAUUGGUUACAAACUAACGAUAACGUUUCCUUAACCGAAAUGAACAGUCCAUUAGGAAAAUUAAUAUUAGUUUUACCCGAAAUCGGUAUGGUGGAAUCCCCCAGUUCGAAUAUAAUCCCUUUAAACGAAAUCGCCAUCGGGAAAUUAUUACAAUUCAGCGUACACCAUUACGGUAGUUUGGCGAAAAGUUGGAACGAUUUCGGUACGUGGUGUUAUCGUUGGGGUAAAAAAAUCGUCGAUCACAGUUCCGAGAUAAAAAAUAAUUUAACCGACGAACAUUGUUUGGAAAUUAAAAAAUUACUACCCCCCGAAACGACCGAAGAAGAUUUAACGAAAAUAUUUUUCAUAUUAUCCCAAACGAAUAGGAAUAUAAUCGACGAAGAAGAUAUCGAUUCCAACGAAAUCAAAACUUCGGAAAUGAUCCAAUCUCAAUUACAAUGCGUCGAAGUGUUACGAGACGCUACCGAAACGCAAUUAAAAAGUUUGUUGCAGAUAUGGAGAAGCACCCAGAAGAGGAUUUACCAUUACUACGCUCUAAGCGCCGAGGCUUAUUUCAAAUAUUUACAAUUAGUUUUACAAUCGGAAAACGUAACCAAAAACACCGAAUGCAAUACGAUUACAGUCACUUUGCGAUUAUUAAGAUUAAUAGUUAAAUACGCUUUGGAAUUACAAAAUAUUUUAGAAGAAGGUUUACAAACGACUCCGACGCACCCUUGGAAAGUUAUAAUACCCCAAUUAUUUUCGAGACUCAACCAUCCCGAAAGUUACGUUCGAUUGCGCGUAUCCGAUUUACUCUGUCGCGUAGCCGAAGAUGCUCCGCAUCUUAUUACUUUCCCCGCUGUUGUUGGCGCUUUGGAAGGCGGAUUGAAAUUCGAUUUUUCCGAAAUAACGUUACCGAAAGAUUGUCUGUCGCAAAAUAACGAAUCUUGCGAAGAUAACGAAGAGGAAGACGAUAAUUACGAUAGCGACGAUAACGAAGAACCGGUCGGUAGUAAUAACAGUUUGCAAAUUUGUUUUAAAACUAUGGUCGAUACUUUGAGUAAGCAGGAUCCCGAAACUAUAUCACAAGUUCAAACAUUAGUGAAGGAACUAAGGAGAAUCACCCUUCUAUGGGACGAAUUGUGGAUAGGAACGUUAGCUCAACACCAAUCGGAAAUUACCAAGAGACAGCAACAAUUGGAAUACGAAAUAGAAAAAGUGAACGAUAAUACGAGCUUAGAUAAAGCGGAAAAAGCAUCGCUCAUCAUAGAAAAACAUAGAAUAAUAAUCAAACCAAUUAUUUUCGUAUUAGAACAAUUACUAGAAGUAACAAGCGUCACAGCUGAAACUCCUCACGAAAAAUAUUUCCAAGAAAAAUAUUUAGAAGAUAUAGUAAACGUAAUAAAAAAAUUGAAAGAUCCAGACCGUCCUGAAAAUCCUCAAGAAUCCUUACUACCCCUUAAACAAUUACAAAAGAAGUUCCAACAGAAAUUCCACAAACGAGCUUCUUAUACCCUCAAAAUGCAAGACAUCAGUCCAGUUCUUUAUGCUCUUAAAGACACCGUCAUAGCAAUGCCCGGUCUGGCUUCGAUAGCUAAAAAGAACAUAACCAUUUCUCACGUUUCCAACGUGGUUUCCAUCCUACCGACGAAAACCAAACCGAAAAAAUUGGUAUUUUUCGGAUCCGACGGUCAGACGUACACCUAUUUGUUCAAAGGAUUAGAAGACUUACAUUUGGACGAAAGAAUUAUGCAAUUUCUCAGUAUAGCUAAUACCAUGAUGGCUCAAAUCGCCGAUCCUUCCGGUUCGAACUUCUAUAAAGCUAGACACUAUUCGGUUAUACCUCUGGGCCCGAGAUCCGGUCUGAUAUUCUGGGUGGGCGGUACGACUCCGGUGUUCGCGUUAUAUAAACGUUGGCAACAGCGCGAAAUCGCCAAACCGAACGCUAAAAACUUCAACGGAAACGUACUGAGACCUUCCGAUCUUUUCUACAGUAAAUUGAAUCCUCUACUACAAGAACACGGUAUCAAGAACAUCGAAAAUCGUAAAGAGUGGCCGUUAAGUGUUUUGAAACAAGUUUUAACCGAACUAAUGAAUGAAACUCCCAGUGAUUUGUUGUCGAAGGAGUUUUGGUGUAACUCGGUGAGUCCGGAAUUGUGGUGGCAAGUGAUUAAACGGUAUUCUUAUUCCAUAGCGGUUAUGAGUAUAAUCGGUUAUAUAAUCGGUUUAGGCGAUAGACAUUUAGAUAAUGUUUUAGUGGAUUUAACUAGUGGAGAUGUCGUCCAUAUCGAUUAUAACGUUUGUUUUGAGAAAGGAAAAACUUUACGUGUACCGGAGAAAGUGCCGUUCAGAUUGACACCGAACAUUAGAGAUGCCUUGGGUGUAACCGGAGUAGAAGGUAUCUUCCGAUUGGCGUGUGAAAACGUGUUAAAAGUAAUGAGAAAAGGUAGAGAAACUCUCUUGACUCUAUUAGAAGCUUUCGUUUACGAUCCUCUGAUCGAUUGGACGGUCGGUGGCGAAGUAUUGGCCGGUACAACAUUCGGGGCAUUAAACACAAACACGUCAUCGAAACAGAGUAAGAAAGAAUUGGAAAGAGAAGUGACACUAUCAAUGUUCAAUGUGAGAUGUACCGAAAUGAAAGCCGAAUGGAACGAAAACAAAGAAGAAAUUUUGAACGAAAUACCCAAUUUAAUAAAGAACCUCAACGAUUAUCUCGAAUUGAAUGUGAAAAUUGCAGAUAUGGAAGAUAAACUUCAAGAUCUACACCAACAAUUGGCGUUGGUGAAAGAAGCAGAAGCCCAAGGUCUUCAUAAACACUCCUUAUAUUCGUUACCGUCACAUUUCGAAGCUUACCACAAGUCGCAAGCUUCAGUAAAUAACGCAAAAACAGAAUUACGUAAUAUUAUAACCGAAUGCGAAGAACACGUCAAAAUUUAUUCCAAUCUAUUGGUAUUAUACGAUACCCAACAAUUCUCCCAAUGGUUAAUGGAAAUUAAAGUCAACGUGAACGAAGACAGCAUGCGGAUAUUCGAUUUGGUGAAAGAAUUUUUACACAACGCCGGCAAAAACGAUCUGAUAACCCAAUGCGAACGUUCCGAACAAGAAGUACACGCCCUGCUACAACAUCUCAAUCUAUCCAUAAGAAAAUGUUUGCAAUUAUAUCAAGAUUACUUUUCGAUAUUAUUCCAAUGUCCUAAAUCUUAUCAGGAAUCUCACAGGGUUAACAUGUACAUAAAAUGGUCGAAAUUUCUACUGGAAACCAACAAUUACGCCAGCUGCGACGUCAUCUACGAACAAAUAAGAGAAUUCUUGGAUACCACGACAAUAUUACAUCCCCAAAUCGUAAACGUGGCUUACAGCUUAGAAUCGAUUUACAAGGAAAACAUUUUGCAAGUCAGCAAAUUGUUCGGCGAUUUGGAAACGAUCAGAUCCAAAGAUUCCAACGAAUCUUUAGAUAAAUUGUACAACAACGCCAAAGCCGGUAUCGAUACUUUCGUCAAUAUGGAAAAAGGAGCUACUAACGCUUUGGAGUUCGUCAUAGCUAGCGAACUCGUAUUGCUAAAUAGAAAUCUGUUGACUUUGGAAAUAGCGGCGCAACGUAGCGGCGAUUGGUUGAUAAAACUCACGUCUCGCGACGGCGAUUGGUUUUUGGACGAUCUCCUACUCCAUAGUACCAAAGCCGUAGAAAUGAUUGGAAAUUUACCGUCUUCGAAACGUAAUUACGCCGAUAAUUUCGGCAAAGUUUUAGGCGGUAUCAGAAUAGCGAGCAACAUCUAUAAAGGACUGUACGAUUUGAAUUUCAAUUUUCACACCAUCAUACUUCCGGAAUCUAUGAAAAAGAUACAAGCCGAAGAACCAUCGGUGAUUGAAUUGGUGAAUGAUCUCAAUAGAGUCGUGGGAGAUAUCGGAGUUUCCAUUCCGGAUAUGAUUGUGCAAUUGGAGAAGCUGUUGACGUGUAUCCUAAUGCAGAUGGAUUAUAACAAUACCUACGAAUAUAUUUUGGAACGUGUAGCUUAUACAAAAAAGCAAUUUAUGGCACUAAUACCGAACCAAUCUGAAGAGCUAAGUCAAGGGAAGAUGCUCCUGAUGGGAUUCAAUGGGUUAUUCGAAAAAUUAUCACAAGAAAUAACAAACUUAACAAACACCUUGGGUAAUAUCGAUAUACCGAAAUCAUGGAAGAGGUUGGAUCACGUAAAAGAAGCAAGGAAUAUAGCACCACACAUAUUCAACCCCAAAGUUCGAACUAUACUCGAAGACAUAUUUUUCUUAAAGAGACUCAAAGCCAUAGUGGAAUUUUUCGCGCUAGUACAAGAAAUGUGUCAAUCAUUGAAAGGUAUAGGAUCCGGUAUAGUUUUCAACGAUGAACAACUAACGAAACCAGUAAAACAAUUUAUAGCGGAAUUUAUAUCGAGAAAAUUAUUAGGUAUCCUACCCGAAUUUAUAACGUACGCCGUUUGUUAUUUACUACAAAAUUUAGGUUUAGAUGUUACCCACGAAAUCGAACAAAAAGACAUAGGGGCCGAAAGUAAAGUACCUUUAGACGAACUGUACACUAAAGCAUGGAACAUCCUACUCAAAGACGGUACCUUUUCGCAAAACAUACUAUCACAAGCUUCUAGUCUAGAAACUAACCUAAAAUUAGCUUGGGAAAAAAUACAAGAACCUAAAAAGAUAGAACAAAAACUAACAGUACUACAAUCUAGUACAAUAAGAUUACAAAGUCAGUUAGCUGUACAUAAUAUGAUGUUCGAUGAGGUACUACAAUUACAACAAUUUUCAUCGGUGAGGACAAAAUUUACCAUAGACAUUCAAAGCGAAGUUACAAAUCUACAAAGCAUCUAUAGACAAAUGACAGAAGCCAAAAACAAUCAAGACAAAUUGAUAGAACAAGCCGAACAAAGAUUAAAGUGGGCGAAAGGUGCUAACCCAAAUUUCGUCGAAAUAUCAGCAGCUUUCGAAACCGCAGUAGACAAAAGAAACGCCCAACUAAAUUUCGCUUUAAAAAUCUCCAAUCAAAUAUUAUCUUCAUACGAUACUAUAUUAAAACACGAAUUAUUAAGAACCUCAACAUCAGAAGUAACGAAAAACCGCGACAAAACUUUUCUGAAAGCCUACGAAACGUGGCGACUAGCUUGCCAAUACACCGAUUCAAAAAUCGAAUCUCUAUUACCAUCCGAAGAAAGUAUAUUGAAGAUGCUAACGCCGGAUCUAAUCAACGAUCCCAAAUGGUUACAAAAAAUAUCAGAAAUUUUAACGGAAACUAUCACCGAAGCUCAAAAAGAAUUGAACGAUAAAAGGGAAACUAGUUUCGCCGAAAACGACAAUUUGAUAUCCGUAAUGGAUAAUUUCAAAGCUAUUUACAACAUACACGGUAAAUUGAUAUCGGACGUGAAAGGUUUAAUGAAAACAAUGACUAAAAUAGAAGAUUAUAGUAUAGCGACGCAAUAUUUCAUACAAGAAUACCGACAAUAUAUCGAUCACUUUUCGGCUUUAUUCGCCCAAUUCAAAAAGGAAUUGAACAGAGAAGAAAUCGAAGAUUUAUUGAAUCGUUUGGAUUACAUAAAGGAUCAUACGGAAAAUAUAUACGAGGAUUUGCUUAAUUUGGAAUCGGCUCAGAAACGCGCGCAGUUGAUUCAACGGAAAGGUUUAAUCGACGAUAAAUUGCCGGGUCAGAAACAGGAGAAUUCGACUAAAGGACAACAAAGAAACGCGUACGCCGUUAACGUUUGGCGUAGGGUUAAAAUGAAGUUGGAAGGAAGGGAUCCGGAUCCAGGCAGGAAGAGCUCGGUGCAAGAACAAGUGGAAUAUGUGAUACACGAGGCAACGAAUUUGGACAACCUUGCUUUAUUGUAUGAGGGCUGGACUCCAUGGGUGUGAGACAACAACACUACAGAGUAAGGCGGUUAUACUACCGCCUGGAUCUCCUUCGGUUCUACUAGUAGAGCUCCGCAAGCUUGGGUUGCGGCAAAUGUGGAAAAAGCAGCAUAUCCAUCUAAUUAUACUUGCUUAACCGAAUCAAGUUGCUUAGUUUUAUUGUUUUUGCAAGAGAUCAUAAUGCCAUCAAUCUACUGAAUGAGAUCAAAUAUAUUCACCAAAAAAAAAAUAAAUAAAUAAAUAUUGUUUUUAAAAAAAUUCGAAUUUUGCAAUAUCGGUAAAACUUUGCUGUUUGUACUAUAUGGCAAAGUGUUUAAAAAUAAAUGCUGCUUUUUAUUUUAUUGUUCAAGGUAUUGUCGGAGGUGGCAAAUACACAAAUAAGUUCUGUCAAGGUGACAGAUAAAGUGUUAAUAUGAAGUCGACGAAAUAAUCGUCUGUUUACAAAAUCUUGAGUUGAAUUACUACUUAUGUUCAUCUUUUCGUUCUGUUUUUGUUUUCACAAAUUACUGUUUCAUCCUCCUCAAUUAUUAGAUAAGUUGAUUCCUAUUAUAGAUUUAAAAAUUGGUAGUCAAAUUUAAAAAAUAUCUAAUACAAAAAUUGUACGUUUUACUUGGCGUUUCUGUUAUGUUUUUCGUUAAAUUACAUGUUCACUGUACGUAAAAUGAUUUUUUUUUAAUCUAAGAAAUACCUAGAUACUUUAAAAGUGAGUUGUACAUGUUCGAAAAAUGUUUAAACCGUGUUAAAUCAAUCAUUCAUUUUCUUAUUAUCGCAUUUUUACUUUCUUUUGUUCUAAUUUCAAGAAAAUUAGAUCUCUCCUAUUGGCUCCUCAUUCUAAUUGUCAGUUUCAAUUAAUCCUAAUAUCAUCAUAUGCUUCCUGAAGUAGAAGUAUCUUGUGACGAAGCUAUCGAAGAUAUACUCUCAGUUUUGCACCUCCAGAGUGCUUCUACUUCGGUUUUCAUCUUCAUUUCCUUCAACUCCUUCAGGACAAGUAAACCGUAUUAAAAGAUAUGAUUCUUCAUACUAAACGUGCAAUUGCAGGACAUUUCAGAAUUUAUCUCUUCUCCCUGAGGAAUCCACACCGGUUUCCUUCUUCUUCCAAAACUCUGUUCUGUUCCAUUGAGUCCUUUAUGGAAAGGAAACUGUAUUGAAAGACAUGCUUCUAUUGAGGAAAUUGUUCUCAGUUUUGCACCUCCAGAGUGCUUCUAUUUCGGUUUCCAUUUUCUUCCAAAACUCUCUUCAUUUCCUUCGAGUCCUUAAGGACAAGUAAACCGUAUAAAAAGACAUGUUAACUUUUUGUGGUAAUAUUUUUUAUAAAAUCAUAUAUUGGAAUCACUAAAGAGACCUAUAGGGUUGCAUUGUUCUUGGUAUCAUUGUUUUUGUUCAUUUGAAAUUGGUUUUUUCCAAUAAUAUUCACAAAAAUUUUAUAAUGUAAAAUCAACACACAUAUACACAUUGAUAAUACUGAACAUACUGUAUAUUAUUGAAUUUGAAAUUAUUACAGUAUGGAGAGGUGAACAUAAGUAUCGAAUCACUAUGAUAUACUACAUGACCAGAAUCAUAAUUACACAAUAGCAAUAAUUACUUUAAUUUUCAUCCCUUCCACCAAUAAUUUUGUUACCAAACGUAUUAAAAAAAUCUAGUGUAAAGUUCAUUUUAUUUUUUGAAAAACUAAUUUCGUAAAUGUUUUUAUCGAACGUAUUCCUCUGUCCACUGCCAUUACUAAGAAUUUUUGCAACCGUUGGUGACAUUCCUACUGAACACACUGUUUUACGUCACCACUACACCAACACUCACAAUUACACUGUCUGAGGCGCGUUUCGUUAAUCAAGUUAUCGUCUUCAGAGACUGAAGGUUAACUUGCUAAUCGAAACACGCAUCAGACAGUGUAAUUGUGAGUGUUGGUGUAGUGGUAGUGUAAACAGUGUGUUCAGUAUAUCUACUGCCAUGUUUGUGACACUUGAUUUCAUUAUAUACAAUAAUAGAAGUACUCCAUGUGGUCCAUAUGGGUGGUUUAUGUAGUAAAUUUUAUUUUUUGGUAAACUUGAGGUGACUUUUGGUGAAGAAUAUUGAAAUGUCUUACUGUCAUUUAGAUUUAUCUCUGAGGAUUGUAUCUUGUUAUAUAGACAGUAAAAGGUCUAUUUCUUGGUGGUACGAUUAGAAUAAGAUAUAUAAUACAGAGGAAUAAAUUUUAUCCAAUAUAUUUUCACUUAAAUAUUAUUUUUUUUUUUAUAUUAUACAACGCUUUUGGAUGAUUUCUAUAAUAUCAUAAAAACAAAAUUCGAUUGUUUAUUAUUAAUAAAAGUCAUAAUAGAAAGAUUUUUAACAAAUAAUAUAAUAAUAUGUAUGAAUUAAAAGAAAAUUAGAAAACUUUCGGAUAAGCUUUACGUAACUGUUGGUUAUUUUCAAUAAAUUUCAGUUCAACUGAAAAGUUGUUCAUGUAUUUUGAUUUUAUUUGGUUCAAUUAUCAAAAAGUGAUAUAUAUAAAAAAUAAAAUGUAGUAACUUGAAACAUUCGUAAUUAUAAAUGUAAUACGGAUGUCCCUGUUCUCAUCCUAUGUUGGUCUGGAAAUAAUUUAAAAUCGUAUGUAAUACUGUACAAAUAAUGUUCUUACAGUAACCAAAGAUUUUUAGAAAUCUGCAUAAAUUGGUAUUCAUUCUUCUUCUUCUGGUGUUAGCUAUUAUUUUGUAGACUGUAUCUAGUAGCGGUUAGUUUCUGCAUUCAUCUUCUUUCCCUUUCUGAUGUAUUGGUACCACGAUUACCAUUUUCCACACUUCUGGCAUUAACUCUGGUUCCCGUAUAUUGCUUAUAAAUGAUUCUCUUUUUUAAUACAGUUGAUCAAUUCCGAUUGUAUUUUGUCUUGUCUUCUCUCCUCUUGUAUCAUUUCUAGUAUUUCCUCUUCCGAUAGCAUCAAUUUAUUAUGAUUAAAAUAUUGUUAAUCAAGUAACAUUAGCCCCCUUCAAUCUAAGAAUAUUUCUGUUAUUAAUUUAUUGUCUCUUUUCUAUAUUUUUUUCUGUUUUAUAAUAAAAUUUUUCACAUUCACAUUGAAAUAUGUUAGAAAAAACAUGUUUUUCCCCUUUUUUUAACAAAAAAUGGAAUGAAAUUGAAAGUAAUUAUGUCUAUUGUGUGAAUCGCGUAUCAUUUAUUAAAACUAUGAUAUUCUUGUUUAUUGUAUGUCUAGAAGAAGCGCGUCGAGACGUCCAUUAAGUAUAUCAUAUUCAGUAAAAUUAACAUGAAAUCAUUUACUGAUCUUCUUUUCUGUAGGUGUUAGUCCGGUUCCAAAAAUAAAUUGUAAUGUUCUAUCAUAACCCUAGGAAAUUCUUGUUUAACUUAACAUCUUUAAACAACCAUCUUUUGCGAUUAGUUUAUUUUUGAAACUAGAUGUUAGGUAUUAGUUCAUUGAAAUGAAAGAAAGUCUAUGAUAUGAAAACUGCUUUAAGAUAUUUUUCUUUUCUCCCAAAUAUUUCUAUAAGUGAUUUAUAUCACUGCUAAGUUUUUGACAUUUUUGCUAAAAAAAUGUGUUAAAAGUUGGCAACACUCCUAUGACCUUGACAUAUGUCAUUUUUGGGGUCAUUUUGAGCAUGUCUGGGUACGUUUAUGUCCCCCAUCUUAUUUUUUUCGGUUCAAAAUUUCGUAUUUUCAUAGUUUACGAUCCUAUGCUUCUAUAUAUUCAUCUCACUAUUCCCUUCGGUCUAGAAGAUACAAAACUAACCUACCUAAAAUUAGCAAAUUCCAUCUUUUAAGAGACAACUCUUCUAUUACAUUGACCUAUGUCAUUUCUGGGGCCAUUUUGAGCAUGUAUAUUUAUAUAGGGCGUUCAUGUCUAUGUAUGUUUAUAUAGCACGUUCAUAUUUCCUUCAUAUUUUUCGGUCUAGUGGGUACAAAACUAACCUAACCUAAAAUUUAGAAAUUCUCCCUAGGGAACAACAUUCCUAUGACAUUGAUCUUAGGAUAUGUGAUUAGGUGAGUCACUGAGCUUAAUAUAUAAAAGCAUAAGAUCAUACACUAUGAAAAAUUGAAAAUACGAAGUUUUGAAUGGAAAAAAAAAUAUGAAGGAGUCAUGGGAGCCUCAUAUAAUGACCCCAGAAAUGAUAGAGUCAAGGUAAUACAGACACAAUAAUUUUAUUGAGCACAAGUAAUGACAAAACAAUUUUAUGACAAAAAAGUGUUGGUUUUUUAUUAAUUUCAUAAUUUUUCUAAUUUUAUCCAGCUCUAUUGGACUUGUGACAAAAUGUACUAAAACAUGUUUGUAUAUUUGUAUUGAAUUUGCCCUGAUUUGAAAUCUUGAAUGUUCCAUUGAGCAUCUUGAAUAUCCUUCAAGGAUUAUUAGAAUUUUUAUUUGAUUUCAUAGACAAAUAUGUAUAAAUAACGAAAUUUAUUAGAAUUUCUAGUAAUGUUUUUAAACACUAUUUAACAAUGGCAUUAUUUGCAAUUCAAAAACCAGUUAUUACACAAACAACAUAAAAAAAAUGUCUUAAACCAGUUGCCAUAUCAUUUUCUGCAAGAAUGUUUUUAUUUAAAUGUACUAAAUAUACAAUAGGGUAUUAAUGCUAGGGAGUUUUUCGUUUUUUAGUAGAUUGAUUUUUAGUAAGACACGUAAUAAACAUUGAAAAUAUUAAUGUCAGUAAACUUGUCUAACUUGUGUCAUCUUAAAUAAUUUGGAAUCACAACUGACGAAACUAUUUGUAGAUGUUUGUUGCUAUCUUGUUUAAUUUCAUUUUUUUAAGGAUCAAAUUGUAUCCGUACUUUUUGAUAUUCAUUCUAAUUUCAAAUAAAAAUAUAAAAGUAAAA